GCUCGGCCUUUGAUGUACUCAGAUAAGUUCCUGUUGCUUGAGUGGCAACUUUCUCUCCAAAGGGACUGGGCUGGUAGAGGCCGACAGGAUCCCACCUGUAAUGACUUCCUGGGUAUCAACAGCAAACAAGACUGCAGUUUCCCACAGACCCAUAAUCAACACCACUCCAAGCUGUUUCCAACUAUACAGUUCUUCAUAGCAGGGUAGGACAGGUUAGCUCUGAAUAUCACCAAGGGAUACUGUGCUGGGAUAACAAGGGAGCCUGGAGGAAAGGGGUUUUUUCUCUAAGGAGGCCCAUGUAUCCUUCCCAUUGUUGCAUGAACUGGCAGGGGUGGGUGGAAGUUAGAAAACACAUUAAUUCCCUGAUUGUUGCCUGGUGCUGUUGCUGUACUGAAGCCUUCAGAAAAUCCUCUGGAUCCUUGAAGGAAAACCACCUUCUACAGUACUGGGAUUAAGGAGGGGAGCCUUUAGGAGAGAGAGAAGCUGCGGGAGAAUCUGUUGGAUGUCUUAUUCUGCUCAGUAGAGAUGGUUUAACUCCUUGCCAGUGGAGCUUUGAGUGUGAAUGCUCCAGCUCUGGGGGCCAAACUUAGCAGGGCAAAUUAGCAGUGAUAGGGAACAGCCUCCUCUUUUGUUGCUUCAGAGUCCUGGUCAGGAGCUGAGAAGGGCUGUCCUGGGACUUUCCAAGAUGCCCUUUCAUGAAUACUCCUCAACUCCUAGCUUCAUCUUCCAGGCUGUCCAGGGAGCUGUAGGCCCUCUUGUCAAAGUUGUGUUGCUUUGGUGGCCUAGGGCACUGGCAUUGUUGUCCCACCUGGUUCUUUUUGUUGGAAACAUGAGGGAUGAAAGGACAUUUAUUUUACCGCCUAAUUUUUCUGAGUAGGACAACAGCUGCCAUGUCCCCAUGCACCAUUGCAUAGUAUACAGACACCAUUGUCACCAUGUUUGUGUGCUAUCCAUGAAGCAAAAUGCAUUACUGGUGCCUCUCCAUAGAUGAUGUCAAUCAACUGGAGCUCCUGCUAAGUGACACCUCUCCCUUUCAGCUCUGGAGAGAUCCCAUCCACGGUCUUCCCUGUGUCAGCCAAAAUGACGGCUGUCCUGUUUGCGCUGAGCCCGAUCCAUCCCUGCCGUGACUCGGUGGCGUGUGACCAGCCUCGAAGCUUUGUGAGGUGCUUUUGUAUGGAAGAUGCAGUACCAACAUUGUGUGUACGGGGUUGGGAUAAUGGCUCUCUCUUUUCAGGAAGAGACCAGAGACUGGCCGGGUCACUUAUCAUACGUCAAAGUGGAUCCAGCCAAGAUCAUCCUGGCCCGUACUGGCUCUCCCCAUGCACGGCAGCCACUGACGGGAGUUUCCUUGAGGCACUCAGCAGUCUCGGCUGUUCUCAGCCUCUCUCCCCUUCCUGUCCUUUACUGCGAGGAGGGAGAAGUGGGGAAUUUUGUUUAUUCCUUUCAGUCCCACCAUAGCGUGGCCCCGUUUCAGUGGCUGGGAUGACUGAUUAACAGGGAUUUGGGAUGCCAGAAGUGUGUGGUCAUGUUGAUGCGGUCCCAUUGGAGGCCAGGCUCAGACACACAGGCAGCACUGAGAGCCUCAGCUAGCAGCCCUUGCAUACUAAAAUCCUCCUCCGUCCUCCAGCAGGUCCGAGGUUACGCAGAGGUCAGACGAACGCGGCUUCAUAGAGCUGAACCAGCCUCCUCAGACAUGGCUGAUAGCUGGUUGAACCUACAGGCAGAGGAAGAAAGAGGGCAGGAAAGCAGCAUGGGGGACUCUGGCAAUUUGGACGACAGCCUCACCAGUCUUCAGUGGCUGCAAGAGUUCUCCAUCAUCAAUGCCAACGUGGGCAAGUCUUCCUCCUCUCCCAGCAGCUCGGACCCUCACGACUACCACAAGAUCCCUGGCUCAGCUGCUCCAUGCUCACCCUUGGCUGCUGACCCAGCUUGCAUGGGUAUGCCCCAUACCCCUGGCAAGCCCAUUUCUUCUUCUACGUCCCGAACUGCUCAUCUUGGAGUGGGCAUGCAGGCCCAGCCCAUGGAAGACGUCGACUAUAAGACCAACCCUCACGUAAAGCCACCUUAUUCCUAUGCCACACUCAUCUGCAUGGCCAUGGAAGCCAGCAAGAAAAGCAAAAUCACCCUCUCGGCCAUCUACAAAUGGAUUACAGAUAACUUCUGCUACUUCAGACAUGCUGACCCCACCUGGCAGAAUUCCAUCCGGCACAACCUGUCCUUGAACAAGUGCUUCAUCAAGGUGCCCCGUGAGAAGGAUGAGCCAGGGAAAGGUGGGUUCUGGAAAAUUGACCCUCAGUAUGCUGACAGGCUCAUGAACGGGGCCUUCAAAAAACGCAGGAUGCCUCCUGUGCAGAUCCACCCAGCCUUCACCAACAGAGUCCAACAAGACACUGGGUCGGCUCCUAAUCAUGCAGCAUCCUCUUGGACCAACAACGGCGUCCUGAACGUCAACAUGGAGUCUCAGCAGCUGCUCAAAGAGUUUGAGGAAGUCACCAGCGACCAGAACUGGAAUCCAGCAGAUGGAAAAAUGGGCCACAAGCGGAAACAGCCAUUGCCCAAACGGACACACAAAACAGCUCGUCUCUCUAGCUCCCCUCUACUCACCCAGGAAGAACAAACUGAGCUAGGAUCACUGAAAGGUGACUUUGACUGGGAAGCCAUCUUUGACACUACCUUGAAUGGUGACUUCUCUACUUUUGAGGACCUGGAGCUCACACCUCCUAUUAGCCCAAUAACCAGAGAUGUGGACUUGACAGUACAUGGAAGACACAUUGACUGCCCUCAGGAAUGGUGCCCAGUUGGGCAGGAUCAGGUCCUUACAGAAGCCAACCAGAACAACUUGGACUUUGAUGAAACUUUCAUGGCUACAUCUUUCCUUCAGCACCCCUGGGAUGAAGGGAGAAAUGAUUACCUCUCAAACUCAGUCAACAUGGACCAGUUGUUUGAACUCAAUGAUUCUUCUUUGCCAACAGACAUGAAUGACUGGAGCAGUGUGGGAUCAUUCUUAUAAGAGGCAGCUCCCAGUUAGAAGAACCAACUUGAACCCAGGCAGACUUUAUCUUUUAGCAGGAUGAUCCCAACACUUUUUGAACUUACAAGAGAUGACAUUUCCAGAAACGGAAACAUAUAUGGUGACUUUAUCGACUGCAAAGUAUGGGUACUCGCAAAACUCCAAAUUAAAAAGACAGAACAUUUUGGCUGGAUUUAUCUUUAAGCAACCCUUUGGGAGAAGUUUCUGGCCCUUGGGUUUCCCCAAGAGAAAAGAAUAACUGUACUUAUUUUUGUACUUGUGUUUUUAAAAGAAAACUGGAUUAUCCUAUUUUUCAUGGGAAUGGAAGGGGUAUGUGUUCCCUUUUUUUGGUUAGAAGAGAACACCUGCUAAGUUAGAUAUGACAGAUGAGAUUUCCUGGUGGUUUAGGACAUUAUAGACCAUGUGCAAUUUUCUCAUCUUUCUUCUCUCCAUUUGUCUCUCUCUCUCUCUCUCUAUUUUCUAUCCAGGGAAAUUCCCAGGUAUAACAUGAGAUAAUUAGAUAGCAGGCAAAUAAAGGUCCCUUCUGGCUUGUAUGAGUGCAGCCUCCCUCCUUAAUUGGGGCUUGGGAAGAAGACGAGUUCUGAAAAAUCAGAUGCAAUUCAGCAAGUCUGCCUCUUCAGAUUUUUUUAUAUAGUCUUAUUAUAUAUAUAUCUAUAUUCAAAGAGACCUAUAUUUUUAGCACCAAUGCACAAUCAGUAGAAUAUCUUUUUGGCGGGAUGGCAAUGGAAAUGGGGUCCUGUUUUUACUAUAUAGAGACAUGUUAAUUGUUCUGCAAAUUAAAUAUGAAGUGUGUCAAGUGUUUGUGGUAACAAAAUAUGCAAGGGAAAAUUCCUACAUCGGAAGCAAUGGAUUUCUUUAAGGAUCAAGAAAAUCAUCAAGACCGGGGAGGAACAAAGGAGAUCUUAAUUUCUCCAGAUUGUGCUCGCUCUUAGUUUUUUAGCUUUUUAUAUCCUGAACUCCUUGCUGCAAAUCGUGCGUGGCCAUGUUUGCCAUAAGGUCUAGGAUUGUAUCACUGUGAACCUUGUAUGGUUUUGAACCGCUGUCCAAACAACAGUCUCUUUUCUGAUCAGAAACUGGGACGCCCCCUUGUCUGCUCAUGUGUCAGGCUCUGAGCAGUCUUUAGGGUCAUCCAGGAGGCAUAUGAAGGACCAGGCUUUUCUCAGCGUUGGUGAGGGAGCUGCCAGGACCAUGGGAAAACGUUUCUUUGUUUCAUUGCAUUGUUGUGUUUGGGUUUCCCACCCGGGGUGAUGAGGACCAACUGUUUUGUUUUUUUAUUUAAACUAAUGCUCUUGUAUUGGACUAACAAAAAAAUAAAAUGGAAUAAAAUCUGGAUCCAGGCUCAGUCAACGAGUCAUAGGCCAAAGACUGUGCAUGCAACAGACGCUGGGGAUGAAAGUGGAGGCUAAAGCCCCCUCUUCUGCCUUCUUUAACAUACUUACCUUCUACUCUGCUUCUCUCCUGAGACAACACGACUUCUCAGCACUUACUAUGCUCAACGCGCUGUGCAACGGUUAAUCGGUUAAAACUCACAACACCCCUGUGAAGUAAGUAUUAUCAUUCCCACUUUACAGAUGGGGAUGGCAAGACAGGAAUACAUUAACUGUCUUGCCUUAGGCCAAGAGCAAAACCUAUCUCCCUGUCCUCGGAAACAUGUGAAGGGGACACCGGCUUGCUAUGGUCAUCUCCAAAGCAGUUAGAAAAUAUGGUGGUUUUUUGACUAUCUGGAAGCCAGGACAAAGAGAAGCAACCUGACAUCAUUAUUUCUGAAGACUUUCAGCAAUCUGAGAGCCAGCUCCUCAGCUAGUCUAAAUUGACCAAGUCCCAGUGGAGUUAUGCUGAUCUAUACUGGAGAGCUGGCCCCGGUUUUGUUGUGUACUGGGAGUGUGGAAGGGUAACUGUGAAGUAUGCAUAGGCAGCCUAGAAAUAUUUUGGUAGGAUAAAAAAACAAACAAACAAAAAACCUUGCUAAAACUUGAAUUCAAGCUAUAGAGAAUCAGAUUCUAAGUCUCUCUGUUGUUGUAGGUGAUAUAGUUAAAAUAGCUCCUAGUUAGCACAAUAUGUAAUUUCUUUGGAGUAUGUUAAACUUACUGAAGAAAGAAAAACCCUAAACAUUUUUUUUGUAAGAAAAUAAGAACUUAGGAACCUUAAUGGGAGCAGUCUAAUUCAGCUGGAGUUUAGUUGUAGCUUAACAAACCUGAAAGAAAAUUCUUGUAUUAACUGAUGCAUUCACUUGCAUUCAAGAUCACAGAGGUCAGAAAUGCAAUGCUUUGCAUUUGGGUUUCCAGGUAUUUUGGGCUAGGUUCUCAGCUGGGGCAAUUCUGCUUCUCUCUGCUGACCUCGCUGGAGUUAUGCAGAUUUCCAGUAGCUGGGAGCGCUGGUCCUGGAUCACCAUACAGGUGGCUGCUGGUGUGGGGUGGGACUAUUAAGAUCAACCGUUCAGCCAUUGCCCCCUGAGGUCUGGUGGUGGGUCAGCAGGUGCAACACUGGGACUGUAGUAUGGUCCUACUAGUUGCAUGGGAUGGACCAGGGGAAAAUUAUAACCAUAUCUAUGACUUGAUGAACAACCUCCAAAAUGCCUCUGCAAAAAAGAAAAAAAAGGUAAAUCUUCACACACCCCCACCCCCGCCCCCAACUAGUUGCCCUGCUUCAAGAGCUGGGAGCAUUUCUGAUCCAAGCGACAUAACCACAUCAAGCUCAUCUCCAUUCCAAGGCUACCAAUGAUCAGACUGGGCCUAGGUGUUAUUGGGGUUUUUUUAUAGUUUCUUUUUGGUUUCAUUUUUUCCUGUGUUGAGGCCUAUUCCAUACUGAUGCUGAAGAACUGCAAAGAUAAGUGUGCAAUUUAACCUUUUUCAUGGAAAGCUAUUUACAAAUAAAUAAAUAAAAAACCUUAAAAAUGAAAAACUA